AUGACAGCGGCGUAUCUUCUCGGAGCUGAUUCUAUCGGCUUGCCACAUAUUGGAAGAGAUGCCAAGUGCAUAAACAAAUCCCGUAUUCCCCUGGACGAGGAGACGUGCGAGCUGGGAGUGGGUGGCUCGAUAGAGGCCGUGGAAAUCGCUGUUGCUGAAGUUGACGUGAAAAUCACCUCACUAAGCGGUAUUGCAGACCCACGAAUCCUACUCGCCGGUACUGAUGACGGACAGAUUCUGCAGGUGAGCUAUCUGAGGACGAGUAGAGGGAUGCAUCUCCCACUGGGAGCUUUCGCCGAGUCAUUCUGGCGCAAUCUGGCGUUUUUUGUGGCGUAA